AUGGCUGCAUUUGCCGGUCCUGCGAAGCCCCUCUUGUCACUGAACCUGCAGGAACAGGCCAAAUUUCAGAAACAGGUGGCACAGGUCCGCCAGCGCGCGAUGCAGAAAGAAAAACUUACUCCUGGAGUUGUCUACGUUGGUCACAUACCUCGAGGCCUUUUUGAACCCCAACUCAAGUCUUAUUUCUCCCAGUUUGGCACUGUUACGAGACUUAAAUUGUCCAGAAGUAAAAAGACUGGAAAUAGUAAAGGUUAUGCCUUUGCGGAGUUUGAGUCUGAUGAUGUUGCCAAGAUCGUUGCUGAAACAAUGAAUAACUACCUUUUUAGUGAAAGACACUUGAAGUGUGAUUUCAUGCCACCUGAGAAGGUACAUGAAGAACUUUUCAAAGAUUGGGAUGUUCCAUUUUCAAAGCCAUCAAAUCCUGCAGUAAAACAAUAUAAUAAACACCGAACACGUACAGAAAAGCUGCAGAUGGAAAAGCGAUUUAAACACAAAGAAAAAUUACUAAGAAAGAAAUUAGCCGAUAAAGGAAUCGAUUAUAAUUUUCCUCCAUUGAUAGCAAGGACUCCACACCCGUCUAUUUUGGAGAGACGAAAAUCUGAAGUGGCUACGCUGAAUGAUAAUGAUGAAGAUAAUGAAAUAGUGUUCAAACAUGUUGUCAGUGUAAAAGAAGAAACACAAGAAACAGAAACACCUACACAUUCAAGAAGUAAAAGAAGAAAGAAC